AUGACCACUAAGAUCUCCAUUCUCGGAAAGGAGAGCAUUUUCGUGGGCCACCAUAUCCAGGACGAGAUUGUUGACACGAUUGUGUCGACCUGUGCCUCAUCCACCUACGUGCUCAUCACCGACACGAACAUUGAGCGGUGCGGGCACUUGGCAACCUACCGCACAAAGCUCCUUACCGCACUCGCCGCCAGCCGCCCGGAAUCCCGUCUCCUCGAGUAUGUGGUCUCACCAGGCGAAGCCAACAAGACCCGCGCGACCAAGGCCGCCAUUGAAGACUACCUUCUCGACCAGGGCUGCACGCGUGACACGCUCAUCGUGGCUAUCGGCGGUGGGAUCAUCGGCGACAUGAUCGGCUUCGUCGCGGCCACGUUCAUGAGAGGUGUGCGCUUUGUGCAGAUCCCCACCACGUUGCUCGCGAUGGUUGACUCGUCAGUUGGCGGUAAGACCGCCGUCGAUACGCCCGUGGGCAAGAACUUCAUCGGCGCGUUCUGGCAGCCGGAGUACAUCUUUGCAGACACUGCAUUUCUUGAAACGUUACCGGAGCGUGAGUUUAUCAACGGGAUGGCGGAAGUGGUCAAGACGGCCGCGAUCUGGAACGAGGCCGAGUUUACCCGCUUGGAGGCGUACGCAGCGCAGUUCCGCGCGGUGGUCAGCACGCGCCGUGCCGACGGCUCCACCGACCUCUCGGCGAUCCGCGAGCACAUUCUCACCCUCGUGGCGGAGUCCAUUCGUGUCAAGGCUGAGGUGGUGACCUUGGAUGAGCGCGAGGGCGGCUUGCGCAACUUAUUGAACUUUGGCCACUCCAUUGGCCACGCCUACGAGGCGAUCUUGACGCCGCAGGCGUUACACGGCGAGUGUGUGGCCGUUGGCGCUAUCAAGGAGGCCGAGCUCGCGCGCUACCUUGGCAUUUUGUCACCCGUGGCGGUGUCGCGCUUGAGCAAGUGCUUCUCCGCGUACGGUUUACCGGUCAGCUUGGCCGAUAAGGUUUUAGUGCAGCGUACUGGUGGGCGCAAGUGUCCUGUUGAUAUUGUAUUGCAGAAGAUGGCGGUUGACAAGAAGAACGACGGCAGUCGCAAGAAGGUGGUGUUAUUGAAGGCGAUCGGCGAGUGCUACGAGCCGCGGGCGAGCUACGUGGACGACUGCGACUUGCGCGUGGUGUUGACUGACGAGACCGUUGUGGGUAAGGCCCCACAAGCGGAUGCUUCCACUGCCCCGCUUACGGUGGUGCCUCCCGGAUCCAAGUCCAUCUCUAACCGUGCGCUCAUUCUUGCCGCCCUUGGCCGCGGUCCGUGCAAGCUCCAGAACCUCUUGCACUCCGAUGACACCGAACACAUGCUCAACGCUGUUGCCGCUCUCCGCGGCGCGUCCAUCGCGUGGGAGAACCACGGCGAGACCGUUGUCGUCACCGGCAACGGCGGGGAGUUUGCCGCCACCGCGGACGAUCUCUACCUCGGCAACGCCGGUACUGCUUCCCGCUUCCUCUCCACCGUGGCGUGCCUUGUCGAGCCCCACGGUGGGGUGUCGUCUAUCGUGUUGACCGGUAACGCCAGAAUGCAGGAGCGCCCUAACGGCCCCUUGGUGGACGCGUUGCGCGCCAACGGAUCCGAGAUUGAGUACCUCAAUCGCGAGGGCUCCUUACCUGUACGCGUGACGUGCGGCCGCGGCUUGGCCGGUGGCCGCAUCGAGCUUGCCGCAACUAUCUCCUCGCAGUACGUCUCGUCUAUCCUCAUGUGCGCGCCGUACGCCAAGCAGCCGGUCACCUUGGCUCUUGUCGGCGGUAAGCCGAUCUCGCAGUUGUACGUCGAUAUGACCAUCGCCAUGAUGGCCGACUUUGGCGUGCAUGUGAUCAAGUCCACCACCGAGGAAUACACCUACCACAUUCCACAGGGUGUGUACACCAACCCGGCUGAGUACGUGAUCGAGUCCGACGCGUCGUCCGCCACGUACCCGCUUGCGCUCGCGGCGCUUACCGGCGCCACCGUAACGAUUCCAAAUAUUGGCUCGCGCUCCUUGCAGGGCGACGCGCGCUUCGCGACCGACGUGCUUGCACCGAUGGGCUGCCACGUCGUGCAGACCGAAGUAUCAACCACUGUUACGGGGCCUAAGGGUACCCUUAAGGCCAUUACCGUAGACAUGGAGCCGAUGACCGACGCGUUCUUGACUGCAUCCGUGGUUGCCGCCGUCGCCGAGGGCACCACCACCAUCACUGGGAUUGCCAACCAGAGAGUGAAGGAGUGCAACCGUAUUCUUGCGAUGGUUACCGAGCUCGCAAAGUUUGGAGUUGCUGCCAACGAAUUGCCAGACGGGAUCCAGAUCACCGGCACACGCUCCUUGGUGGCCCCAUCCGGGAGAGGCGUGCACACUUACGACGACCACCGUGUGGCAAUGUCGUUUUCCCUUCUUGCGGGGCUCUGUACCGCUCCGGUGACUAUCCAGGAGCGCUCGUGCACUGGCAAGACGUGGCCAGGCUGGUGGGACACUCUUCACACCACCUUUGGCGUGCCGUUGGACGGCCACGAGCCGGCCGUUGCCGCUAUUGCCACUACCACCACUUCCAAGAGUAUCGUGGUGAUCGGCAUGCGCGCCGCUGGUAAGUCCACCUUGUCGCACUGGAUCUCGUCCAAUCUUGGGUUUAAACUUGUCGACCUCGACCGUGAGCUUGAGCAGGAGCUCGGUACGGAGAUCCGUCUGUUCAUCAAACAGAACUCGUGGGAAGAGUUCCGUGUGCUUGAGGCCGCGUGCGCCGAGAAAUCCCUUGUCAAGUAUGGUGAGGGCUACGUGAUCUCCACCGGCGGUGGUAUCGUCGAAGGGGAGGCCAACCGCGCAUUGCUCAAGCAGUACAUGGCGACCGGCGGGAUUGUGUUGCAUCUUCACCGUGACAUCGACGCCACCGUCACGUUCCUCUCACAGGACAAGACCCGCCCGGCCUACAUCGAGGAGAUCCGUGAGGUCUGGGAGAGACGCGAGCAGUGGUACCACGACUGCUCCAACUACUUCUUUUACUCGCCGCACUGCGACUCCCAGAGCGAGUUCAAGCAGCUCCAUUCCAGCUUUAACAACUUCUGGGACACCAUCUCCGGGCUCAAGCCGGUGCAGGUGCCGACCGGCCGCUCUACCUUUGUGUGCUUGACGUAUGCUGACCUCGCGGACGCCACCGAGACGCUCGCCGAGAUCACGGCCGGGGUCGAUGCGGUCGAGCUCCGUGUUGACCAUUUGAAGUCGUUUGUGCCGCACUUUGUGGCCGGGCAGAUCGCCUUGCUCCGCAAGUACACCUCGGUGCCGAUCCUCUUCACGGUGCGCACCAAGGCGCAAGGCGGGUUUUUCCCGGACAGUGAUUACGAGGCCCUCGAGGCGUUGUACCGCUUAGCGUUCAAACUCGGGGUAGAGUACCUCGACCUUGAGUUGUCGCUUCCAGAGGGAUUGGCUGCCUCCAUCGUUGCCGCGAGCGGGUUCACGAAGAUCAUUUCCUCGCACCACGAUUUUGGCGCCAAGUACCGGUGGGACAAUGUCGAAUGGGAGAACAGAUACAACCAGGCUACCGGCUUGGGCGCGGACAUUGUCAAGUUUGUGGGUAUGGCCACCGCAUUUAGCGACAACACCGACCUCGAGAUCUUCAGGACGGCCCACGCCGCGCUUCCGUUGAUCGCCAUCAACAUGGGUGAACUUGGGAAGAUGUCGCGUGUGCUCAACACCGUCCUUACUCCUGUCACACAUGCCAAGCUUCCAUCGGCCUCGGCCCCGGGCCAGCUUACCAUCAGGGAGAUUAACCAGAUCUACACCCAGCUCGGCGGGAUCUCGCCAAAGCACUUUUUCGUGGUAGGCGAGCCGGUCCAGCACUCGCGCUCGCCGGCUCUCCACGGCACGGGCUACGAGAUUUUGGGCUUGCCGCACACCUUUGACCGUUUUGAAACCGCCGACGCAGCCCUUGUCAAGUCGGAGGUCAUUGACUCGUCGGCGUUUGGCGGUGCGGCCGUCACCAUCCCGUUAAAGCUCGACGUGAUGAAGUACUGUGCCUCGUUGUCCGAUGCCGCCACCGUGAUUGGUGCUGUCAAUACCCUCAUUCCUACCGACGAGGGCCUUGUGGGCGACAACACCGACUGGAUCGGCAUCACCAACUCGUUCAUCGCGCACGGGGUGCCUCAAUCCAUCUCGGGCUCUGUCUGUGGUUUGGUUGUUGGCGGCGGCGGCACCGCCAGGGCCGCGGCCUACGCGCUCCACCACCUUGGCUGCGAGAAGAUCUACAUGGUCAACCGGACCGCCUCCAAGUUGUACGAGAUUAGAGCCGCCCUCCCGGCAAAGUUUAACAUUGAGGUCUUGGAGACCUUGGAGCAGGCCGAGGCCGCCUCUCCGGUGUCCUUGGUCAUGUCUUGCGUCCCAGCGGACAAGCCAAUCGACACCGCCGUCUUGACCAAGCUCGAAGCAUUGUUGUACAGGGGCAAGCAGCACCAGACAGGGUUUGAGCCGGCUUUGUUGGAGGCCGCCUACAAGCCAAAAGUCACCCCGAUCAUGGAGAUUGCCGGGGGCAAGUACGGGUGGAACGUCAUCCCAGGACGUGAGAUGUUGGUGAACCAGGGUGUGGCCCAGUUUGAGUUGUUUACCGGUGUGCGCCCGCCUUACCAGGCGGUGUUUGACGCUGUUGUGAGGGACUAA